CCUGUGUUCUGAACGCUUAUGUACGGCUAUGUGCGCGUGUGUGCCAAGGCGAGGCGCAUUAUAAGGACCUGCGCUUUUCUACACUACACCAUCCGCCACACUUCCAAUCCACGCACGUAAGCUGUAAAUUGAAGCCUCCGAACGACAUGGCGAAAAAAGUUGCUGUUGUUACCGGCGCAAACAAGGGUAUUGGAUUUUCAAUUGUGCAGGGGUUGUGCAAAGCUGGCUAUGCUGGCGACAUCAUACUCACUGCGCGCAACGAGAAACUUGGACAGGAGGCUGUGGGAAAACUGAAGUCCCAGGGAUUGAGUAACGUGCUCUUUCACCGUCUUGAUAUCUGCGACCAAACUAGUGCUGAAGAACUCCGGAAGUUCCUAGAGAAGAAUUACGGUGGUUUGGAUGUCUUGAUCAACAAUGCUGGGAUUGCAUUCAAAGAUGCUGCCACGGAGCCCUUCGGAGAGCAGGCGGAGGUCACCAUGCGCACCAACUUCUGGGGCACCCUGUGGGUGAGCAAGGCCCUGCUGCCGCUGCUGCGCCCCAACGCACGGGUGGUCAACGUCUCCAGCUUCGUCAGCAAGAUGGCUCUGGACAAGUGCAGCCCGCAGCUACAGGCAAAGUUCCGCAAUCCAGCUAUCUCUGAGGAGGAGCUGUGUGGACUUAUGGGAGAGUUUGUGGUGGCAGCUCAGAAGGGAGAUCAUGAGGCCAAAGGAUGGCCAAACUCCGCCUAUGGAACCACUAAGAUUGGCGCGACGGUUCUGUCCCGCAUCCAGGCCGCUGUUCUGACCCAAACGCGGGCAGCUGAUGGGAUCCUGCUGAACGCCUGCUGUCCUGGCUGGGUGCGCACAGACAUGGCCGGCCCCAAGGCCACCAAGAGCCCCGAGGAGGGGGCCGAGACGCCCGUGUACCUGGCCAUGCUGCCCACUGGAGCCCCCGCACCCCACGGCCAGCUGGUGUGGGACAAAACAGUGCAGGAGUGGUGAGGGCACUGCAGGGUCCCACAUACUGACCACUAACUCCACCCUUCAUCUAGACUUGUAUGUUUCUAGUGUGCAAGUUUCUCCAUCUCCGAACAUGGCCGUCUUGUAAUUGAGGCUAGGCUAAAUGGCAUGCAUGUUGGUCUCAAAAUAAAAUAUGUAUUAGUAGUAAACUUAUGAUUAUGGAAAUCAGAUAUUGCAUUAUCAUUGAAUAAAUGAGUGGUUUGAACUGUA